UCAAUUUGGAUAUUCCAAGAACGAACGUUCCUCUCUUCGAUUCAUCGUCUCAUUUCCCCCAUAUUCCAAAUCUCUCUGUCGCUUUCUUUUCUGUGUUUCUGUUUCUUCAAAGAUUUAUUAUCAUUCCCUUAGGUUUAUUUUUAUCUUCAAGAUAUGACGACGAGUUUGGAUCGGUGGGAGAAGGAUCCUUUCUUUGCUGCUGCUGAAGAAGUUCAGGAAUCUGCUGACAGGAUGGAGUCAGCUUACAGGACAUGGAUCAAGCGAGGCUCUUCGAAUGUAUGGGACUCUGAUCAGCUUCACAGAGACCUUCACGCUGCUCUUGGAACCACCAAGUGGCAGUUAGAUGAAUUUCAAAGAGCGGUUCAAUCUAGCUAUAACAACCGUUUGAGUAACGAAACACGAGACAGGCAUCGCGAGUUUACUUCCGUAAUGGAGACACAAGUUGCGAAGAUAGAGAAAUCUCUCAAGGAAGCUGAUGGUGGGAAAGGAACUCCCAGAUGGGUGCGUUUGGACGAAGAUGAUCGUAACGAGCUUGCCCUCUUCUUGUCUGGAUCUUCUGCGUCUGAAAAGAAACAGCUUCAAGAAACGAAGCAACAUGGUCAUAGGAGGACGGCUAGUGCUACUCCUGACAUUGGUGCUUGGAACAUUCCGGUUUCUGAUGAUGAAGGUUUAUUGAAGAAAUCUUCUCGUGAGCCACCGGUUCGACCUCCAAGGAAAGUUCCUAGCGUCUCUGGCUUCUUGAAUUUUAUGGAACCUGGAAGGCGUUGGAUUCUCAAGGAGACUCUGAUGCUGUGUUGUUAUUGCCUAUCCACUCGAACCAAAAAGCUAUGUGUCUUGAGAGGGACAAAAGUGGUAUGGAGUGUGAGGAGGACUGUUACGAGAAGCAGCUUCAGCUUCACGGUUGGUAUGGAGCUAUACAGAGGCAACUUCAACGGUCUCAGUAUCGAAUGA